CUUCUUCGAGCACCAUCCACGCCAUGAUGACGCGACCCCUUUGAAAGUGGCUGUUGUAAAUAGCCCCACGUAAAGACACUCCGGCUGCAUCAUUAGACAUAACACGCCGGGUUAAUUUCUCGCGUCGAACGAACACGGGCUUUUACUCCAAGCUGCUUUUCCCGGGUGGAUUGUCGCCAUGUUAUCGUCUCUUCCCACCAGGCUGCUUAUACGAAGGUCACGCAGCCUGUCACCAUGCAGCCGCGUCCUCCAGACCAGUGCGGGCGGUUCUUCUUGUCAGGCCAUUCGGGAGCCAACGACGGAUAACAACCGCAACCCCGUCGUGUCCACGUCCCGGGUUUCACGACGGGGGAUUUUGGUUGAGGACACCGCGGCUAACAGCGGGAACCAGUCGGUGCAGUACCACCAUCUCGCCCCAAGAUGGCUGUCAAACCUGGAGAACCGUCGCAGCUCGUGGGCCGCGUUGGCCAGCAGGGGGCGCCACGACAAGCCGCGCUGGGAGGAGGGCGGGCAGAGAGAUGGAGAUGGAGGUGAGGGCCGAGGCGCAGGUGGAGGUGCCACCCGGGCACAGGUGGCCUCUGCCGGCCUGCUAUCUGCUGCAGCUGCGGCGUUCUGCCUGAAGAAAGACUCCGAUAACAAAGGUGAUGCUCUCUUGGAGGCAGCCAGGACCAACAACCCCGAAGAUGUAAUCAGAUUGUUGCAGGAAGGGGUGGAUCCUAACUACCGUCACCGCCUUGGCUGGACCGCGCUUAUGGUGGCUGCCAUGAACCGACAGCACAGUGUGGUGAAGGUUCUGCUUGAAGCCGGUGCUGACCCGAAUGCUGGAGAUCACUUCAACAAUGUUUAUGACACCUCGAGGGAGAAAGGAAUCCACUCACUGGAAGUUCUGGUGUCCAGAGAGGAUGAAUUCAGCAGCAGACUCAGCAGCAGGGCGGGUUUUCGAGGCUGCACCGCGCUCCACUACGCCACGCUGGCUGACGACCCAUCCACUGUCCGUGUGCUGCUGGAGUUUGGUGCAAACCCCCUACACAUCAAUAGUCUGGGACACACAGCGCAGGCCUACGCCAAAGAAGGAGAGGUGCGCACACUUCUGCAGGAGUGGGAAGGAAAGUUCCAGGAGGCAAAAGCUAAGCGAGAGGCGGAGGAGAGGAGAAGGUUCCCCCUGGAGAGGAGGCUGAAGGAGCACAUCAUCGGACAGGAAGGGGCCAUCAACACCGUUGCUUCAGCCAUCAGAAGGAAGGAGAACGGCUGGUACGAUGAAGAGCAUCCGCUCGUGUUCCUCUUCCUUGGCUCGUCAGGAAUUGGGAAGACGGAGUUGGCCAAACAGGUGGCGCGCUACAUGCACAAGGACAUCAAAAAGGGAUUCAUCCGCAUGGAUAUGUCCGAGUUCCAGGAAAAGCAUGAGGUCGCAAAGUUCAUUGGCUCGCCGCCUGGAUACGUGGGACACGAGGAAGGAGGUCAGCUGACCAAGCUAUUGAGGGCGUGUCCUAACGCCGUCGUCCUGUUUGAUGAAGUGGACAAGGCUCACCCGGACGUCCUCACCAUCAUGCUGCAGCUCUUCGACGAGGGUCGUCUCACAGACGGCAAGGGAAAGACCAUCGAGUGCAAAGACGCCAUGUUCAUCAUGACGUCGAACGUGGCGAGUGAAGAGAUUGCCCAGCACGGACUGCAGCUGCGGCAGGAAGCGGAGGAGGUCAGCCGCAGGAAGCUGGCAGAAAAUCUUGAGGACGUACAGAAAGGAGACGACAUCAGAAUCUCCAGGAAGUUUAAGGAUUCUGUCAUCCGCCCGAUCCUGAAGGCACAUUUCAGGAGGGACGAGUUUCUGGGUCGGAUCAACGAAAUCGUCUACUUCCUGCCGUUCUGUCACUCGGAGCUGCUGCAGCUGGUCAGCAAGGAGCUCAGCUUCUGGGCGAAGAAGGCCAAGCAGCGCCAUGACAUCACUCUCCAGUGGGAUCGCACGGUUCUGGACUUGCUGGCGGGCGGAUACAACUUGCAUUACGGAGCACGCUCUAUCAAACAUGAGGUUGAGCGGCGAGUGGUGAACCAGUUGGCCGCCGCCUACGAGCAGGAGCUGCUGCCCAAAGGCUGCACCCUGCGUCUCUCCGUCCAGUCCGAGGGCCAGGAGGAGCGCGGCGCGCCCAGUCUGCGCCUGGAGGUGGUCGGGGAGGACAGCUCGUCCAGAAUGCUGGACAUCCGCCCCCCGCUCAGCCCCGAACACUAAACACUGCCAAGUGUCUUGCAGUAGCAACACAACUACAACACGUUGAAAUUAGAGAUGUCCGAUAAAUGAUUUAAAAUGUAAUAUCUGAUAUCGGUAUCGUUUUUUAUUUAUUUUUUAUUUUUUAUUAAAUCAACAUAAAAAACACAAGAUACACUUACAAUUAGUGCACCAACCCAAAAAACCUCCCUCCCCCAUUUACACUCAUUCACACAAAAGUAGAGAUGUCCGAUAAUAUCGGCCGAUAAAUGCUUUAAAAUGUAAUGUCGGAAAUUAUCGGUAUCGUUUUUUUAUUAUCAGUAUCGGAUUUUUUUUUUAUUUUAUUUUAUUUAUUUUUUUUUAUUAAAUUAAA